GGCGUGCAACCGCACCCAAUAAAAGCGCUGAGGUCACAUGCAAGUGACGUAUCAUUAUUGCAUACAGUUGGCAUAUUUCGUGACAACGCAUAAUGGAUCUGUCGGGCAAACUUAUCAUUAAAGCACAGCUUGGAGACGAUUUGCGCCGGAUUCCAAUACAUAAUGAAGAAAUAACGUAUGAUGAACUUGUUCUGAUGAUGCAACGUGUCUUCAAGCAGCACAUCACGAAGGAGGAUGAGUUGUUGGUCAAAUACAAAGAUGAGGAUGGGGAUUUCAUAACAAUUGGGGAUGAGUCUGACUUAUCGCUUGCGAUCCAGUCCAGUAGAGUGUUGCAAAUCAAAAUUCUCGUUAUAGGGAAACCUGAAAUAUCGAAAUGUACUUUUCCUUCUAAAAACAAGAGGAGUGACGAAGGGAAGAUAUCUGAAUCAGGGGACCAGAUCUCACUAAUUUUUGAACUUCAACGGCUUGGUAAUCAUAUGCUUCACUUAGCCGAUCGAAUUCAGAAGAGUCUACAUCCAAAUGGUACUUUUCUGGAAUGUGUUCUGUUACUGAUUGUAGUCAGCUUGAUGAGAAAGUAGGUAAAACCGACUCAAUCCACAACCUGGAGCGUAAUAAUGAAUUCGACCCAUUAUCUAGUGUUCGACCUAAGAACAUUUCUUCGUCUCAUCCACCUACCUACCCAUCAAUACCAGCCGGAAAUUCAGAAGACACUUCGAGACCGAAAUCUCACGAAAAUCAUGUGAUUUCACAACCAAGUAUCUCAACAUCUGGAUCAUUAAACAAUGAGAGGACAAUCAUAUCUGAAAAAUCUGGUGAACAUGAAUCUGUGGAACUUCAAGCGGCAGUGGGAAAUAAGUCUGAUAUGAUCAUUGGUCAGUUAUCUACUUCAUCCACUCAUUCUAAUGUAGAAAAGAAUGCAUCAGUACUACAUAAUUGUGGUUCAACUGUACUGCCACCGCAAAGUCAACCGAACUCUUUAUCUAGUCCAUCUAAUAUACCGAAUUUCUACCAGCAAUCCUCGGGGCAUCCGAGCUAUCCUCCUAACCAAUCCACAAUGCAACCUCCAAUACCGUUAUCAACCCCGAGUAGUAAUGCACACCCACAACCUCCAGUUCAAGGCGGUGAUGUUGCCAGAUUGCCAGUGAUGUCUAGUACGUCAGUACCAACAUUGCCACAGCCAACUACUCAACCUUUCAGGCCUCUAGGUUCUGCCAAUUUACCACCCAACAUGGGCCCAUAUGCUCGGCAAAGCGGAAAUUUCCCAAACACUAACAGACCUAGUAAUAUGAUCAGUGCUCCUCCACACCCAUCAUCUAACAUCUUCACACCGGUAGUCCCACCUUGCGACCAGUCUGUUGGCUUAGGGACACCACAGCGACCGGUUUUGCAGCCUCCAUCUGGAUCGUCUAGAAAUUCUGUAACACAGAGUCAGCCGCCGGCUACAUCAGUGUUUCCACACGGAAUGUCCUAUCCACCGAUGUAUCCACCAUCAGUCGGUCAUCCCAGUCAAAGUAUGAACUCAGCAACAACAAGACCAACUGGCCCUCCGAAUCAAAGCCCUCUCAUGUCUGGUCCUUAUAAUUCUGUACAAUCUGGCAGUCCUCAUAUGCCACCACCACCUCCAAGCAAUAUUCUGCCGAAACCAGGACCACCAACAUCCAAUGAAACUCAUAGCUACUAUGCACCGUCUCUGAAUCAAUCAUAUCCUAAUUAUUGAUACUUACUUUUUUGUUGCAUUGUGCCAACAGUUUUAAGUUCUUAUUAUGAUGCCUAUACUUUGCAAUGUGAUAGUUCGGUUGUGGAAAAUGAUGUAAAAUUUUCCCAGUUCUCAUUUAUUUUUUGUUGCGAUUAGACAGCAGUUCCUCUCAAUUCUAAAUUUCAUUUUUCCUAAUGAUUUUUUUGGUGCUUUGAAUACUUGUUAGUUUGGAUUUGGUUAUGUGUGUAUUUCAGCUAGUGCUAUAUACAGAAAUUAAAAGUCGGGUAACGUUUUUCGUUUUUUCCAAUAUUUCCCAAAUCUUAAACUCUUUGCGACGUAGCCUCUGGAGUUGCAC